CAAAAUACAUCAGAACGAGUUCAAAACUUCAGAAUGUAAAGUAUUUAGGCUGUUCUAUAUCCUAUUCACAGGAUAUCUAGAAAGAGAUUUUACAGAACUCUAAGGUUUUCUCGAAAGGUUUUCCGGAAAACCCAUUAACGAAAAUAUGCUUUUUCGAUUUUUCGAUCUUAUAAUCACGUUUAGCGGACAGCAUUGACCAUAUCCUGAAGUUUUGAACUAGUUCUGAUGUAUUUUGAGCGAACAGUGAAUUUUCAAAAACUAAGUGAAAACAGCCUGAAAACCCCAAUUUUCGUAAAACUCCUUUUUCGCUAGUUUCUAAGAACGUUUUCUAAAAAGCAAACAUUGCCACGAGACUCAGCAUGAUUGAUUACCCAUAGUCCAUUCGUUUUCAAGGUUACCAAUAGUUACCAGGUACUAAUCCUGGGGCUGGUAGGAAAUCCGAUACAGCGCCCAAGCCGCGGAAAAUCAAGGUGGUGUUUGACUUCCGUCUUCAAGAGGACAUCUUGGGCUAUCAGUCCAUGAGAAAAAGCAAUACAAUCCUAUUCGAAAUUUUUUACACACGACCUGGUUUUCAAAGAUCUCCUAGAAAACCUGUUUCAGGAAACGCUUCUGAGGACUCUCUAAGUUUAUUCACCCAUGCAUUGUACUCAGCAUCAUUAGGUAUUCGUUUUGUACAAAAAUCACUUUCAUAGCAUCAGUGCGUCAGUUCGAAAUGAAAUAGUAAGUUUUUGUACACGGGGUCUCCAAAAAGCCCCUCAAAGCCCUCUCAAAACCCAUUAAUAUGGUAUCAAAUCAUAUGUAUUUUGAAAGUAGACACUUUAGGCUAUCUUUGUAUGUACUUAUCUCAAAAUCCGAGAAUCGUCCUUUCUGAGGGGGGCCCUUAAGACAGUGUGUUAUAAGGAUGUUAGUUUGCUGGCUUUUUGGCUGAUAUUCUAUGAUUAAACGUACGUACACUCAGCAGUUCAUAAAAAAGUAAAGCUAUAAAGAGAAAUUUUAACUUCUCAAAGCAUUUUUUGUUCUCAUGCCUAGUUCUGCUCGAAUUUAACAAAGCUACAAUUUUCCUCGUUAUCUUCGAAUGCAUUAGAAAGAGGCUGUAAUGACCUUACUAAUGGAAACGUUCAUCAGAAUUACUUUUUUCAGGAGUAUUCGUGCAAUUUUUGAUCUGUACUUGGGUUGGUUCAGCGAUAAAACAUCUGAUUUCCAAUCGUGAUGCUCCAAUCAUUCAGGCUCAAAAUCUUAUUAGACUCGGUGGAGGAAGUAAAAGAGUAUUUGAAGCUUCAGAAGCUGCAUAUUUAGAGCAAAAGUAUCAAUGGUCUUUGGAAUUAACAGAAGCACCAAGUCUUUAUCCGGAAGAUUUAAAUAUGUCAGAAAUUAUUCAACUACAGGUUUUAUCAUUACAAAACUUAGCUUCACUUCAAACAUCAACAAAUGGGCGUAACUGGUAUUUAAGGAAAGCAUUGAAAAUUCAAGAACUCUCCUAUUCACAUCAGCCAUAUGUUUGUGAUGAAAAUAAUAAUGAUGAUUUAAACGAAUAUCGCACUAGGCAUUUAGAAGAAUUAGGUGAUAGACGUUCAGCAGCUCAGGUAAGAUGUAAUAAUUCAGCAUAUCAAAUGAAACAGCAAUAUGAUAAUCGAAUAAAAAUCAGACCCUUAAAAUUAAUUUAA